UGUUGUUCUCCCGUCUCUGUCUUUCUGUGUGUGUUAAACAAAAGCGUUUAUUGUUGCUGGAACGCGGGCAAAUGCAUCGAACAACGAAUAGAACAAAAAUUUACUCGAGUGCACACAAAUUGUCCGUGUAAUUGUGAAUUAAAAACUUAACAAUGCACAAAAAAUGUAGUCAAGUGAUAUAAGUUAAAAGCUAAAGACGCGCAACACGGUGCUAAAAAUUGCGUUGUACUUGCUUUUUCAAAUCGAAGUAAUCCGAAAAUUGUAACAAGGAAAUUUCCAUUUCAAUAGUUUUAGUUCAGUUUUAGUUUUGUUUUACAUACAACAACAACAACAACAACAUACAAAACAACCAGUAAAAAUCCAGGCAAAAUUUUUAGAAAUAACCAAGUUAAAUUUACGGAUAAAUUAAAUUGGUGAAAAAGGUGAAGGAGUGAGACGAAAAGUACGUACGAAAGGAGGUGGAGGAGAAGGAGAAAACAAAGGACAAAGGAUACGUGUAGGACAAGGAGGAAAUCAUCAAUAUGAUCAGCGCUUUGUUCUCUCGCCUUAUUAUAUUGUUCUUUGGCACCCUAUAUCCAGCCUAUGCCUCCUAUAAGGCGGUGCGUACCAAAAAUGUCAAGGAAUAUGUAAAAUGGAUGAUGUAUUGGAUCGUUUUUGCAUUUUUCACUUGCAUUGAGACCUUCACCGAUAUUUUCUUGUCCUGGUUUCCAUUUUAUUAUGAAGUGAAAGUGGUUAUCGUAUUAUGGCUACUAUCGCCAGCCACAAAGGGCAGUUCGACAUUAUAUCGCAAAUUUGUGCAUCCGAUGCUAACAAGACGUGAACAGGAAAUCGAUGAGUAUUUAAAUCAGGCCAAAGAGCGCGGCUAUUCGGCUGUGCUACAAUUGGGCUCCAAGGGAGUCAACUAUGCCACAAAUGUUAUCAUGCAGACGGCCAUUAAGGGUGGCGGCAAUCUAGUGCAGACGAUCAAGCGAAGCUAUAGCUUGAGUGAUCUCAGUGAGCCUGAUAUGCAUCGCACUCAGGAUGAAUUAGAUGAUGUGAUGAUGUCCUCCUCAGCAGUGGUGAUGCGUCCACAUGCAUCCACCUCCUCCUCCUCAUCGUCUACACGUUUACUGCGUCCGAGAAAUCAGACGCCAGUGGGCAGAUCGGCAAGUGGUACACGUCACUCCACUGGCAUGUAUUUCACCGAGGUUGAUGUAACUGCCAAAAAUGCUGGAGAUUACAACUACAACAUACGCAGUCAGGACGAUAUAAGCUCUGGCUAUUCGAGUGCCGAACCGCUUAGUGGACUCAGCCGCACUUCAUCCAUGACAAAUGCUUCCAAGGCACGCUUGAAGUCCAAACGUAAUGAGCAAUUGAUGCUGGAAGAGAUGAGAAAUGAAGUCUAUAUGGAAAAUCAAUUAUACUAUCAGGAAUUGGCCAAAGAAAAGAACAAAGAAACCAACUUGGAUGUGGCUCCUCAAUUGAUAGCCCACGAAGAAGAGGAUAAUUUCUAUGAGGCCGAGUCCAUUUUAGUCGAAACUAAACCACAAAUGGAAGUUCUCAAAGAAGAGGAGCCAGAAAAAACAUCUAACAUAGAUUCGACACUACAAGAAGAGGUCAAUACUAACGAUUCUUUAGCAGUUCCUUUAAUAGAAAUACCCAAAACCAAAGAAAUCCUUGAUACAGUUGAGGAAACCAAAGAACCCAAUCAAAGUGUAGAUAAACAAGCUUUGGAAAACUCCUUAAAUGGUUCACAAAAAUCAUUAGAAGGUGAAGAAUGUUUUGAGGAAGCUUUAGAGAAUAUUUCAACCAACUCGCAAGAAGCAUUGGAGAAUAUAGAAACGGAAACAGCAAAAACAACCAUAGUAGAAACUCCUCUAAAUGUUGAUCCAUUUGUUUUGGUGGUAAGCACUUCUUCACUUGAUCCCACACCACCUCCACGUCCUGUGACACCACGAGAUUUGAUGGCCACACUGGAAGAGAUUAAGCACAGCUUUCGUGAGCAACUUAGACCAGAGACAACGCCAUCACCUCGUCCACGCUUAGCUCAGCAUGGCAAGGGAAGAGCUCCUCCUCCACCAUUACCACCUAGAGCACAAUCCCUAACGCCAUCCCAACAGGAUACAAUAAGUGUUAAUUCAACAGCUAGCACACCGGAAACCGGAACACCAAGAAAGUCAGGUAUUGGGCAACUCUUCAAGAAUAUAAAAGCUAAUGUGCUGCGCAGUAAAUCUAAUCCAAAUGAGCCGGAUGAACAGCCCCAACCGCUGGCAAUGGGCAAAGAAACGCAACUCUGAAGACAAAUCCAUGUCUGCUAGUUGCACUACCUUGCCCAGAACCAGCAGCCGUAAGACGGAUAAAACUCA